UCUUGUACUUUUUGGAAAGCGUUGUGGCAACCACAAGGGAGUAAUAACCCAUCUUUGGUCCGAAGUUUUAUUUGGCACGAGGGCGACAGGAUUUAAACAUUCAGGGUGUGGGGGUUUGGUUUGGUUUUGCAACAUGACUGGACAGACUUGAGUUUGGAAAGUGCCGGAAGCCAAAGGGAAGGGCGGUAAAAUCACGCCCGCUUUCUUGUGUCCUCGGCAGGGUAAGGAGGGGAGAGCGAUGGCGGCGAUGAUGGGCGGCCUGCCCGGUCUUUCGCCUUCGCAGAGCCAGUUGGAGUACGCACUGGAGGAUGCGAACACGCUUCAAGAGAAGGAGAACUUGGUGUAUCAGCACGUGAAGAAGGUGGACGGAUGGGAGCGGGAUUUGAAAGUUCCCGAGUUUGGAGCAGAUUUACAAUGGCUGAAUACUGAAGGCUCACUUUCUUUAUACAAACAUCUUUGUGGGAAAGUAGUGGUAUUAGAUUUCUUCACCUACUGCUGCAUCAAUUGCAUCCAUAUUUUGCCUGAUCUUCAUGAUUUAGAGGAGAAGUACUCUGAUAAAGAUGGUGUCCUUAUUAUAGGUGUUCACUCAGCAAAAUUUCCAAAUGAAAAAGUUUUGGAUAACAUCAAAAGUGCUGUUCUUAGAUAUAACAUCACUCAUCCUGUGGUAAAUGAUGUUAAUGCAACCCUGUGGCAUGAGCUAGAAGUGUCUUGUUGGCCAACCUUGGUAAUUGUUGGACCUCGUGGCAAUAUCUUAUUCAGUCUGAUUGGCGAAGGGCACAAGGACAAACUAUUUCUGUUUACAACUAUAGCCUUAAAAUACUACAAGGAACAAGGACAAAUUAAUAGUAAUAGAAUUAGAACACAGCUAUAUAGAGACUCUUUGUCUUCUUCACCUUUGCUGUUCCCUGGGAAAAUUGCAAUAGAUAGUUCUGAAAACACAUUGGUAAUAGCAGAUACUGGACAUCAUAGGAUUUUGGUUGUGAAAAAAAAUGGUCACAUCCUGCACAUCAUUGGAGGAUCAGACAGAGGAAGAAAUGAUGGAAAUUUUUCAGAAGCAUCAUUCAAUUCUCCACAAGGAGUUGCCAUAAAGAACAAUAUUAUUUAUGUAGCAGAUACAGAAAACCAUCUAAUUAGAAAGAUUGACCUGCGGUUGGAGUUAGUGAGCACUGUUGCAGGAGUUGGAAUACAAGGCACUGAUAAGGAAGGAGGAGCCAAAGGAGAUGAGCAGCCUAUUAGUUCACCAUGGGAUAUAACUUUGGGAAGCUUAGCAACACAUGAAGAUAGUGUUCUCUGGAUUGCCAUGGCAGGUAUACAUCAAAUCUGGGCACUCCUGUUGGAAAGUGGAAAACUACCUAAAGGAGGCGAUUUAAAGAAGGGAACUUGUCUUCGAUUUGCUGGAAGUGGAAAUGAAGAGAACCGAAACAAUGCAUAUCCCCACAAAGCUGGCUUUGCUCAGCCUUCUGGUAUCUCUGUUGCUGCUGAAGAUCCCUGGAGUUGCCUUUUUGUGGCAGAUAGUGAGAGUAGUACUGUGCGAACAAUUUCUCUGAAAGAUGGCACAGUGAAACACCUGGUAGGAGGCGAGAGAGAUCCAAUGAAUUUAUUUGCUUUUGGUGAUGUUGAUGGAGCUGGGAUGAAUGCAAAACUACAGCACCCAUUGGGACUAACUUGGGACAAGAAAAGAAGUCUCCUUUAUGUUGCAGAUUCCUAUAAUCAUAAGAUUAAAUUUGUAGAUCCUAAAAUGAAGAAUUGUGCCACUUUAGCAGGUACAGGAGAAGCAAGCAAUGUAAUUGGUUCCAGCAUCACCACGUCAACUUUUAAUGAACCAGGAGGCCUAUGUGUUGAAGAUGGAGGGCAAUUCCUUUAUAUUGCAGAUACCAACAAUCAUCAAAUUAAAGUGAUAGAUUUAGAAACCCGUACUGUUUCACUGCUUCCUCUUCUGCAUGUUGACACAGUAGACACUAUAAAUAGAGGGAGUGUUAAAAUGAGUGAUAAAGCAGAACUACCAAAGCUCCCUAAAUCGGCUCCACAUUUUCAGCUACCUUCAUUGACUGUAAGUCCAGGCCAAGCACUUCAGUUUGUGCUGAUGCUCAACUUGCCUCCAAAUACUAACCUGACUGAAGAAGCACCUAGCUCCUGGUUUUUUACUGCAGAAGGUAAUGAAUGGCUACUUUGUGAUCCACACAUAUCUGGGACAAUUGCAGACAUAUUUGAACAGCCUAUAAUCCCAUUUCAGUUACCCACUAACUGCCUGUCAGCUGAAGCUUUAUUGUCAAUCAAUGUGUGCCUCUAUUACUGUAGCAAGGAUAGUAAUGCCUGCAUGAUGAAAGGAAUCUCAUUCAACCAGCCUUUCCAUAUAGCAAAUGUAAACCAAAAAAACAUAGCUCCAGUUGAGCUCACAUAUACAUUUUAAUUACUGCCUAAUUUUUGUUGCAAAACUAACUGAACUUUUGCAUUAUUAUAUAUGUGUUACUUCAUGUUUGAACUUAAAGCAAAUUGCAAAAAUACAUGUUUGCAUAAAUAGAAUGUGGGAAAUCAUGAACUUGUAUCUAAAUCUUAGUACCUUAUCAACUUAUUGUAUAAGCAAUAAAUACUAAAGAGGUUGGGAUCACUGUGAAUAAACAAAACAAAGCUAAAUAUAGAAAAGAUCAAUUUCUAUCAUCAGCUCAAUCUUAAUGUUGGAAAUUCUUAUUUGUUUGAUUUUUUUCCUGUGUUAUGUAAACAUUUGUUAUCAUAUGUUUUCUGGACCAGGAGGCCUUGCUCACUGUCAGUCAUGUCUUGAUCACCUGUCUGUUGGAUUACUGCAGUGUGCUCUACAUGGGCCUGCCCUUGAAGAUAAUCCAAAAGUUACAACUGGUCCAGCAUGCAGCAGUGUGUGCUUCAAGGUUUGCCUAUGUUCAACCAUUGCUGCACAAGCUGUACUAGCUUUUAAUUGUUUUUUAGGUGCAGUUCAAUGUUGGUUACUACUUGCCAGCUUUAAAUAGCUGCAGGACCACCUCAAGGUUUCUGUCCAUCCUGCCAGAUCCGAUAACAUGGUUGGUCUAGAUCCCUUUCCUUAAAUGUUACCUUUUGUGGGACCUUUUAAGACACGCUUUUCCAGUGGCUGCCCUGACCCUUGGGAACAACCUGCCCCUUGAGAUUUGGAGGGCCCCCACACUUUAGCUUCUGAAGGGCAGUGAGCACCUACUCUUCACUCAGACUUCAGACUAGGAUAGAAAUGAGCCCAGCCAAUGUAGGUUUAUGACAUAUUGCAGCCUUGUGCUUGGACUAUAUGGUGGUGUGGGGUUUGGUUGGUUUUAUUUAUGUUGUAUUAAAUAUUACUGUGAGUCACCUAGAAUUUUUAUGUAUAAGAAAGAUGGCCUUAUAAGUUUUAUAAAUAAAUCAUCAAUCUUUUGUUUCAAAUAAAAGCAAAAUAAUGAAAAGUAAAA